AUGGAAAACGGCGAAACAUUUUUAUCAUGUGCGGCGACUGUUGAGUGGAUGACUCCCCAGGGUUCGAUUAUUCGAAAAAUUACACUGAAAUCGGCAUCCCUGCGAUUAAUUAGAAAUGAGUUUCGUGACAUGUUUAUGGAAGUAAGUGGUGAUAAGCACGCUGCAACGAGACUUGCACUAAAAGGUAUAAAUGUAUUCAAAAAGUUCAUGGCUGAAGGGAAAGCUAGCAUUAAAUUUCAAGAAGCCGGUUGUACAGUUUUUAUAUCUAAUGCACCUCCAACGAAUCUCGUUUCUUUCUUAAGAACGAUUUUUGUGAAAAUGACUGGUGAUAGAGAGAAAUCCUUAAACACAACACCUUCCAAACAGACUGUCCGUGCGAAGCUUUUAAGCGGUAAGGCACAAGCUUUCGAAGAAAUAAGCCCCGUGACUGUAGCAGAUUUGUGCAAUGCAAAAAGUAAGAUAAGUAAAUCGACUACAACAACUCCUUCCCCACCUUCAAAAAAACGUAAACAUGAAGAUAUUGGCAAAGGACCUGCACCUAAAAAGCUGUAUUCCCCAUCACCUCUUACUACUACAAGUUUGCUAAAUUCUGAACAGCAGAGAGUAUUGGAGGCAUGCAUUAGCGGCAAAAACAUAUUUUUCACUGGGUCUGCUGGAACCGGAAAGAGUUUUUUAUUAAAAAGAAUUGUAGCAGCAUUACCUCCUGAUGUAACAAUGCCUACUGCCUCAACAGGAGUAGCUGCUUGCCACAUAGGGGGUACAACUCUUCAUGCUUUCGCUGGAAUCGGGGAUGGCACUGGUUCAAUAGAAACUUUAUGCAGCAAGGCCUUGAAAUUACCACUAGUUGCUCAGAAAUGGAGAAAGUGUAAACAUCUUAUUAUAGAUGAAAUAUCCAUGGUUGAUGGAGCUUAUUUUGAGAAACUUGAAACAGUGGCCCGGCAUGUACGAAACAAUGACAAACCUUUUGGUGGAAUACAACUGAUUUUGUGCGGUGACUUUUUACAGUUACCUCCUGUUGUAGACAAAAGUAAAACAGGGAAACGAUUUUGUUUUCAGACUGCAUGCUGGGAAAAGUGUAUUGAUUUAUGUUUUGAAUUAAAAGAAGUGCAUCGGCAAACAGAUAAAGAAUUUGUAUCUAUACUAAAUAGUAUAAGAAUAGGUAGAGUAACAAAGGAAAUAAGUGAGCGCCUUGUAAGAACAGCUACACAUAAAAUUGAAAGCGACGGAAUUCUCGCAACCCGCUUAUGUUCUCACACUAAUGAUUCAAAAAUGAUAAAUAACUCCAAGUUGCGAGAUUUGAAGGGAGAAGAAAAGGUAUAUUCAGCACAAGAUAGUGACAAUGCCACUACUUUGCUAGAUAUACAAACUAUAGCACCCAAUAAAUUAGUUUUAAAAAUAGGUGCACAAGUCAUGUUGUUGAAAAAUAUUAAUGUCAAUUCUGGCUUGGUUAACGGUGCCAGAGGGGUAGUUGUAAGGUUUGAUGAAGGAUUACCAGUUGUACGAUUUAAAAAUAAAAAGGAAUAUACAGCUAGAACGGAACGAUGGUAUGUUAAAAACUCUAAUGGCUCUCUCUUAUGUAGAAGGCAAGUGCCAUUGAACUUGGCUUGGGCAUUUUCCAUCCAUAAGUCACAAGGCCUUACCCUAGAUUGUGUUGAAAUGUCUCUAUCGAAGAUCUUUGAAGCUGGACAGGCAUAUGUUGCAUUAAGUCGAGCGCAGAGUUUAGAAACCUUGAGAGUGUUGGAUUUUGACUCACGGCAUGUCUGGGCGAAUCCUGACGUCUUAGAAUUCUAUCAAAAGUUUAGACGAAGGCUACAACAGAUGGAGUUAAUACCACUUGGAAGACCAUUAGCAGAUAAAAGUAACAAAAAGGGAAAGCUAAGAGAAAUCUUAGAAAAACAAUUACGGAAGAAAUAA